AAUAAUAACAUGGUUACGUUACGUUAUGGAACGGUCAUGCAUUUAAAACUUAACAAAAACAACAUUGAAUAUCGGGUUGAUACGAGACACGAUCAGCAGUCUGCCGUGAUUAAGUUCAGUAUUUAGUAUUUAGUAUUUAGUAUCCAGCACUAACUCCUCGCGUUAACAUAUAAUAAUGGAGUUUUGUGUGAGUCGUGGCGCAAGCCCUGACUCACCGAGACCCCGGAAUGAGGACCGGGCGGCGGCGUUGCGAUUCGUGGCAGAGAGUGUGCUGAGCGAGAGGAAGGAGAAGGAGGAGGAGGACAUUUGCUUCAACAUCCUCUCCUCCUAUAUCAACAGCCUGGACGACCGACAGUGGGAGACCAUACGGGACAGGAUGAGAGAACCACUGACACAGGCUCACCUGGCCCAGGUGUCUACGAGGAUCAUCGGGGUGGUGUCCGAGCUGGUGUUCCAGGUGCUGGUCCCGGCCCUGACGGUCAAUCUCCAAACCCAAGAUUCUAUGACUGCUUCACCCAGCAAAUCUUGCAAAGAGGAGGAGACUCCGUGCAAACACAGAAGGUCACCCCCUAUUAUGCCAGCCAGUAGCAUGCUGGGAGAAAUGGCGCAGCAGGUGGACCAGGACCAUGAGCAGGCAGCAGAUGUCAAGUCUGCCUCAAAAAAGUCUGUGAGCUUUGUUGACGAGGCCGUCUUUGAGUCUGCAACGUGGCAAGACAUCGAAAGCUUUUUGGAUCCAGCAACAGGGGAGGUGAUGUCAGCUAUCGUUCAAAGCUUGGACACCUGUCCAGAGCUGACAGAAGGCCCUGUUAGCAGGAUCUUGAAACAAAUCGCCAUGAAAAUUCAACUGUUAAAACGGACCGGGGAAGAGAAAGAAAACAGAUGUUUGAAAGAGUUUAAUAUGGACAUGCACUGCUGCAGCUGCUGGUGGUACCUUCAUGACAAACGUCAGAGCUCUACCAGCAAAGUAAAAGAAACCUUUACAAAUAGCCAAAAAGAUAAAAUACCCCUGGAGACAAAUUCUGAAGACCGAGACGGGUCACCUCUUCAGGACAUGGUAAUAACUUACCCGAUGACUGUGUCCCCUGAGGAGGUUGUCAAAGACCUUUCAUGCUGCAGGUUCCGAGCCAUCUGCCUGCGUAUACUGAAGGGAUUCCUCAUGAGGUCAAGGCUCAUGUUUUCCUCGUAUUGUUUCAAGGGAAGGGCCAUCACACAUGAGCCCAACGUGGACUCUGUGGCCUCAGAUAUGUUGGACACUGUGUUAGACAGCGUCAAACAAUUGUCGGAGCCAGAGCCAAGGAAAUGGACCUUCCCAUGGCAACGGUCUGAAAACACCACCGUGUCUGAGAAACGUUUUGUCUACACAGCCGUGAAGCUUAAAACCAGUUUGCAGGAGACAAUGCGGAAGUUCUAUAACUCCUACAAAGAGUUGUCAGACAAACUGAGGGAGGCGGAAAAGGAAGAAGCAAGGAGGGUUUUGUCUGAUCUUCUUUCCAACAAAAGUGAUGACAAAGCUGAGGACUCCGAGAAGGGAAGUGUUGUUCAGGACCCCCAGGAGGUCGGUGGGAUUCAGAGCUUCCAAAGCACAGCGACUGAGUCCAUGGUCAACAGCAUGGCAGGCGUGGUGAAGUCUUUCCUGGAUGAAACGGAGCAGUUGUUGAAACAAGACGACAGCAGCGUCCUGGGUGACAACGCAGCACUGACCGGGCUGGAACAGCUGAUCAGCCAGGACAAGCUGUUCACCUUCUCUAAGAUGCUGGCAGACAAGCUCGCUUGCAUGUUUAACGAACAGACACAGAGUGCCCCUAGGCUGCUGGCUUCCGGCAGAAAGGCGUGGUCCGAUUCAGAACUCAGCCAGCCGACGAGACGGUCUGUUGGUGUCAUCAUGCCCACUGAGCAGGUGUACAUAUUUGUUGAGGAAGCCGUAAAGCGCCUGAUGACAUCGCUCAUCUUCCCUCCGGCAUCCUGGGGAAUGGGUACAAUGAUCAAGGUUCAAAGCGGCACUUCACCUACCCCUGACUGGGAAGAGUCGACGAAGAAGUACGAGGCCUCCAUACAAGCCUACUGUACGCUGAUUGCCCAGCAGGUGAUACAAAUCCUCGGCAGGGCGAAUGCAUCCUCCAAGCUCCAGCAGGAAGUCAUUGAGCCAAAGAAAAAGAAGAACAUCAUCCAUUUCCUCCAGGAACUUUCUAACAACAUCAUGAGGAAAUGUAGGACUCGGACCAACAAGGAGGUCUAAGACGUCCAGCUGUCUACAGAGGACGGACAAGACAUUUUAACAUGUACUGUAUUACUAAAGAUCUCACCCUGAAGCCCUACCUUUCCCCAACUUCCAACCCACUCAUUCCACCCUUCCUCAUCCGCCAACAUGUUAGAAUGACUUGCCAACUAUACCCCAUUCACUUCAGCUGGCCCUAAGUCUUAUGAAAAAGCACCUUCAUAUAAAAUAAA